GGAGAACGAGAAGGUGGGAUGGAAGAGGAGCGAUUGGAAGGAAGGCAGAGGGAGGGAAGAAGGGUGGCUGAUAUACAAGGAUCGCGAGAUUAAUCAAAAAAACACUUAUUUCCUGUGUAUAUCGAUGUGUGGCGGCACUCUUAUUGUGGCUGGUGGAUGGAUGCGUGGUUACGUAGUUGUCAAUUUGUGUGCGAUCGCCAAGUUUCGCGACAGGACAGGUAAUGAUCCCUGUGGUGGGUGGUGACGAGACAGAGCGGGGUCAAACAAACACCUCCAUCUUGCAAGAAAAAAAUAUCACCAAACCCUCAUUCCCCGAAAAACAUAACCCCGACAAAACAUCGAGGCCGCCCAAACAAUGCCCAGAGAUCCAUAUACCGACUACGCCCCGCCGCGGUCAGCCCAGCGCUGGGACGAUGCCGACCGCUUCGCCAACGAGCGAGGUGACCGACCCCGCGACCGCGACCUCGAACGCUUCGAUGACCGCGGCGGGCCCGCCCGUCCCUCCCGCCGCGCUCGCGACCACUCCGCCUCCAGCGACGAGUUUGUUGACCGACGCGGUCCUCCAUCACGGGCAGCUUACGAAGAUGACUACGUGCGCGAGCGCGAGCGGGAGGUCUACCGCGAUGAACCCCCACGAGACCUUCCAGUCAGGAGCAGGACGACUGUCGAACGCGAGGUGGAGAGGGAGAGGGAGUACUACCGCGACCCGAGUCCGGAGCGGGAGCGUGUUCGACGACCUGUCAGGCCUGUGAGGCCGAGUAUGCUGAGGCGGCAGAGUAGUCUCGAUACAUUCGACCGCAAGCCGACUAUGCCGCGAUACAUGCAGAGAGAGGAGGCAGGGCCGGUGGCUGUGCGACGCGAUCGCGAGGUUGAGGAGGAGAGGGCAUACCCCGCGGAGCGUGUGAGGGAGAGGGAGGUUGUGCGCGAGAGGAGACGGAGUAGGAGUCGCAGCUUGAGCAGCACGAGUAGCUCGGAGUACUCGCUGGCGAGCUCGGUGAGGACGGGGAAGAGCCAGUUUCCGAAGAGGGGGAAGACGAGGAUGCCGGCGAGGAUGGUGAGUAAGAGGGCGAUUAUUGAGUUGGGGUAUCCGUUUGUGGAGGAGGACACGACGAUUAUUAUCCAGAAGGCCCUGGGGCGCGAACAUAUCGAUGAGGUUCUCCAGCUCAGCGAGAAAUACAGGAGAGAGACUAAAACCGAACACGUCGACAAAAUCGUCGAAGAAAGACACACCGAAACAAUCUACACCCCACCCCCCGCCCCAGCUCCCAUCCCACCCCCCAUCGAGCGACCAGUCUACUCACCUCCCAUCCCACAACCCAUCUACGCGGCUCCCCCAGUCCACCACCACCACCAUCAGCAAGUCAUCCACGUCCCUACCCCCCCUCCCCCGGCACCAAUCGAUUACUCCCAAGUCCCCGAGAUAAUCCAAGUCGACCCCCCCCGCUCCCGCUACCCCCCCUCCACCCCCUCCACCGACCUCGUCACCACCACCACCUCCGCCACCAUCUACGAAGAGCGCUACGGUAGUCCGCACCACCACCACCAUUAUCGGAGUCGCAGCAUGGGCCCGACGCCGCGACACAUCGAGUCCAGUCUCGCCCUAGCCCCGAUCCCGGUGUUCGGGUCGGGACAUCGACAUCGCCAUCCUAGGUAUGAGGGGGAGGGACGGAUCGUGAGGGUGGAAAGGAUUGGGGAUGCGGAUUAUAGGCGUGGAGAGGAGGGGGAGCUCGUGCUGUAUGAGAGGGGGGAGGUGGUGGUGGAGCCGGUGGCGGCGGUGAGGAGGGAUAGGAAAGGUAGGAUGAGUCUUAUUGUUCCGAAGAGGUAUCGUUGAGUGCUGUGUGCGGGCGAUGAUGGUGUGGUUGUGGUGCUUUCUUGUGUUGUGUUAUGGAGUUCUUAUAAGGGCCUGCGCUGACUUUUGUGGUGGCAGGCCCGAAUCCGAGGGCUAUUAGGGCGAUGAUGAGGUUUGUUACUUGAGGUGGAAAGACGAGAGGGGAGGGUAAGGGAAGGGAUGUGUGUUUAGUGUGUUGGAGGAAGGAAGGAUGGGAGUCAGGAAGGAAGGCUGUUGGAAUCUUGGAGAGCUAAAGGAAGUCUGUUGGGGGCGUAGGAAGGAUUUAUGGUUUUUUUUUCCCCUGGGAAGGAUAUACUCUAUAUAGCAUCAUCUUACUGUACCUGCAUGCAGGACUAUAAACGGCCUCCAGCAUCUAGCAUCUGGAUCAGCAUCAUAAGCGCGGAAAUCAUAUCAUACUAAACUGGCAUACUGCG